AUGUCGCCCUCGCGAGCGAAACCCCCCGCGCGCACAACCUCGUCCGGCUCGUUCCACGCCGGAGCCCCGAUUCCCACGCUCACCACUGCGCGCCGCAAUGCCUCGCCUCGCUAUCAGACCUUCCCCGAUACCCCGCCCAAGACACCACUCACGCCGCCGUCCGAUGCCAGCUCCGACGUCUCCGAGGCCGAUGCGGACGAGACGCCGCUGCCGGUCCGUCAAUUGCUGCUCCUCGCCUUCCUAUCGCUCGCCGAACAGACGGCCCUCAACUCCAUCGGCCCUUAUCUGCCCGAGAUGGUCGCCCACAUGCCCGGCAUCCCGCCCAACGAGAGCGGCCUCUACGUCGGCACCCUCGCCAGCGCCUUUGCCCUGGCCCAGCUGUCGACAAACUUCCUCUGGGGCUACGCCUCGGACCGCAUUGGCCGCAAGCCCGUGCUGUUGAUGGGCACCUUCUCGCUCAUGUGCUGCUUCUGCGUCUUUGGCCUGUGCAAGGAGUACUGGCAGAUUGUCGUCGUCCACGUCGCCAUGGGAUUGCUGAACGGCAACGCCGCCUGCGUGCCGACCGUCUUGGGCGAGGUCACCGACCGCUCCAACCAGAGCAAGGCCUUUACAUAUCUCCCCGUCAUCUACUCGCUCGGCGGCAUCACAGGCCCAGCUCUGGGAGGGCUGCUGGUUGGGAAAACAGGCGCGGAAUAUCCCUUUCUGGGACCAAACAUUCUCGCUGCCGUGUUACUGGCCUGCAGUCUCAUUGCCGUGGGAAUCUGGUUCGAGGAGACGUUGGACGAUGCCGAUGACAGCUUCGUGAAGCCUGCUUGGGUUGAGAAGCUCACGUCUCUGUUUUCCAGGAAAAAGUUAGAGCCGCGCCGCGAUUCUUGGAUUGCACGUUGGCCCCGCGGCCGCUCUCACAAUGAACCGCUGCUCUCUUCGGGCGAUUCUACCUCCGAGGAUGACGAGGACGACGACGAAACCGACCUCCGAAGUCUAGACGACGAAGACGCCAAAUCGGAUUCGCCCAAAUCCGCAUGGCGCCAUCUCAGCGGCACCACGUUCCUGCUCCUCUGCACCUACCUCGUGUUCCAGCUCUCCAACAUUUCCUUCAACAGCCUGUAUCCAAUCUUCGCCGAUACCCCGCCCCCCGCCGGUCGGGAUUUGCUCCCCAGCAAGAUCGGAAUCAGCCUCAGUCUUGCCGGCGUUGCCACGAUUCUCUUCCAGGCGUUCCUCUUCCAGCCGCUCAAGGCCAGGGCCGGCAACCUGGGCACAUAUCAAAUCGGGCUGCUCGGAAUUGGAAUCGCCAUGAUCAUGAUGCCCUGGGUUGGCUACAAGGACGAUGCCCCGCUAUUUGGACUGGGUAGCGGAGAAAUGUGGCUGUAUAUCGAGCUUGGCGUUGUCCUAAUUGUCAAAAACAUCUGCGCCGUGGGUGGUCUAUCGAGCGUCAUGUUGCUGAUAACCAACUCGGCGCCAUCAAACGCCAGUCUAGGCGCCCUCAAUGGCAUCGCCCAGACCCUCUCAGCACUGGGUCGCAGCAUUGGACCAUUUGUGUCCGGCGCCCUCUUCACACUGUCGACAAACGUCCACCCCAAGGGCGAAAUCCUCGUGUUCACCUUGUUCGGCGGGCUCGCCGUCUGCGGCUGGGCGGCGUCCCUGUUCAUCAAGAGAGAUGGCCUCGAAAGCGACGACUGGAUGGGGUCCGACUCGGAGCGGCAGUCAGAUGAAGAGGCUGCAUGA